GGCCAUGUCAGAGACUCCUGCAGAUUCUUGAAAACUCCUGGGUGGGCAACGCAAAUUCCAGGAUAUUUUUCCAUUAACUGAGAUGCAGGAACUGCGUGUUGAUACAGCUCCUCUCUUCCACCAGGUCCUGGAUGGGCAAACCACAUUCCAGGAUAUUUUUCCAUUAACUGAGAUGCAGGAACUGCGUGUUGAUACAGCUCCUCUCUUCCACCAGGUCCUGGAUGGGCAAACCACAUUCCAGGAUAUUUUUCCAUUAACUGAGAUGCAGGAACUGCGUGUUGAUACAGCUCCUCUCUUCCACCAGGUCCUGGAUGGGCAAACCACAUUCCAGGAUAUUUUUCCAUUAACUGAGAUGCAGGAACUGCGUGUUGAUACAGCUCCUCUCUUCCACCAGGUCCUGGAUGGGCAAACCACAUUCCAGGAUAUUUUUCCAUUAACUGAGAUGCAGGAACUGCGUGUUGAUACAGCUCCUCUCUUCCACCAGGUCCUGGAUGGGCAAACCACAUUCCAGGAUAUUUUUCCAUUAACUGAGAUGCAGGAACUGCGUGUUGAUACAGCUCCUCUCUUCCACCAGGUCCUGGAUGGGCAAACCACAUUCCAGGAUAUUUUUCCAUUAACUGAGAUGCAGGAACUGCGUGUUGAUACAGCUCCUCUCUUCCACCAGGUCCUGGAUGGGCAAACCACAUUCCAGGAUAUUUUUCCAUUAACUGAGAUGCAGGAACUGCGUGUUGAUACAGCUCCUCUCUUCCACCAGGUCCUGGAUGGGCAAACCACAUUCCAGGAUAUUUUUCCAUUAACUGAGAUGCAGGAACUGCGUGUUGAUACAGCUCCUCUCUUCCACCAGGUCCUGGAUGGGCAAACCACAUUCCAGGAUAUUUUUCCAUUAACUGAGAUGCAGGAACUGCGUGUUGAUACAGCUCCUCUCUUCCACCAGGUCCUGGAUGGGCAAACCACAUUCCAGGAUAUUUUUCCAUUAACUGAGAUGCAGGAACUGCGUGUUGAUACAGCUCCUCUCUUCCACCAGGUCCUGGAUGGGCAAACCACAUUCCAGGAUAUUUUUCCAUUAACUGAGAUGCAGGAACUGCGUGUUGAUACAGCUCCUCUCUUCCACCAGGACGAACUAUCCUGACACGAAUAUCUCUCGACUGUAUGCAUGAGUCCACUGAAAUAGGACCUCCUUCCAGUUCUAUUUUCCUUCAGGAUUCUGUCUGUGUACUUCGAC